CCAAUAAUUUUACUUAUUAGAAAAUAAUUAUUGUUAAGUAAAAGAAACCAUGGAAGAAGCUUUAAUCAUUAUUGCCAAGCAGGAAGUUGAAGGGGCAGCUUUUGCUUUAUAAAUACAGCAUCGACCUCUCUGCAUUGUCUCUGCAAAAACUCACUGGUUGGUUAGGAUUUUGUGUACACUAUAGGCAGCACAGAAAUGGCUUACUCUUCCUCCUCCUCUUUGUUUACUUAUUUUACGUUGUUGUUUCUUGUUCUGUUUUCCACUCAACUUCUGGGCGCCGCCGCCAAGCACUACCCUGUCCGCCACCGCCAUAUUGCCUCUCACAACUACAGAGAUGCACUAACCAAAUCUAUUAUGUUCUUUGAGGGACAGAGAUCGGGGAGACUUCCUCCUAAUCAAAGGAUUACUUGGAGGAGAAACUCUGGGCUUUCAGAUGGCUCUGCUGCUCAUGUUGAUUUGGUGGGUGGGUAUUAUGAUGCAGGGGAUAAUGUGAAGUUUGGGUUUCCAAUGGCAUUCACUACCACCAUGCUUUCUUGGAGUGUCAUUGAGUUUGGUGGUCUUGUGAAAGGAGAGUUGCAGAAUGCAAAAGAAGCCAUUCGCUGGGCUACAGAUUAUCUUCUCAAAGCCACUGCUCAACCUGACACCAUUUAUGUUCAGGUGGGGGAUGCAGGGAAGGACCAUGCUUGUUGGGAGAGACCUGAGGAUAUGGACACUCCAAGAAGUGUGUUUAAGAUAGACAAAAAUACCCCAGGUACUGAGGUUGCAGCUGAAACUGCUGCAGCUCUUGCAGCAGCCUCUUUAGUCUUUAGAAGAAGUGACCCCACUUAUUCCAAGCUCCUUGCCACAAGGGCCAUCAGGGUGUUUGAGUUUGCUGAUAAGUACAGAGGUUCUUAUAGCAAUGGUCUGAAACCAUAUGUCUGCCCUUAUUAUUGUGAUUUUUCUGGAUAUCAGGAUGAGCUAUUGUGGGGUGCUGCUUGGUUGCACAAGGCCACCAAGAAUCGAAUGUACCUUAACUACAUUCAAGCAAAUGGACUGACCCUUGGUGCCGAUGAAUCUGACAAUACAUUUGGUUGGGACAACAAGCAUGUUGGGGCAAGAAUCCUUCUUUCAAAGGUCACAUUCAUUCUAAAUAACUACUUUUUUAGUCAUUUUGUACGAUCAAUUGAUGGUUCAAGUUACAAUUUUCAGGCAUUUCUAGUCCAGAAGGUUCAAUCCCUCCAUGAUUACAAAAGUCAUGCAGAUAACUACAUUUGUUCCCUAAUUCCAGGGACCCCUUACUCCUCAGCUCAGUACACCCCAGGUGGGCUUUUGUUUAAGAUGAAUGACAGUAAUAUGCAGUAUGUAACUUCUACCUCUUUCCUGCUGGUCACUUAUGCCAAGUACUUAACCUCUGCCCACAUGGUGGUUAAAUGUGGUGGAGUCACUGUCACACCGAAGAAGCUUAGAACACUUGCCAAAAGACAGGUGGACUAUUUGCUAGGAGACAAUCCCUUGAAAAUGUCCUUCAUGGUGGGCUACGGUGCAAGGUAUCCACUGAGGAUCCACCACAGGGGAUCAUCACUCCCUUCCACAGCCACACAUCCAGCAAAAAUCCAGUGCUCCGCAGGGUUCAGUGUAAUGAAAUCUCCGUCCCCCAAUCCCAACAUCCUGAUGGGGGCCAUUGUCGGUGGGCCCGAUCAACGCGAUUGCUUCCCGGAUCAACGGUCAGAUUACGAGCAAUCGGAACCAGCCACUUAUAUUAAUGCACCCCUUGUUGGAUCCUUGGCAUAUCUUGCUCACUCAUUUGGCCAACUCUAAGAAAUUAUGAAAUUACAGCCCUUUUCUUUUAGAUUUCCUUUUUCAGUUUAUUGUUGAUUAGUGCUAAUUGUGGUUCUUAUGUUUUUCCACAACUGUAACGGGUUAAUUUGUUGGGUUCGGGUUGGGUCGCGUGACUGUGACUAAAGAAUUUUGGAGCCAUAAAAUAUUAAUAUGUGCACAGUUGUUAAGGUUGCACGGUCUAUGAUGUAUGUAUACCUUAUUAUUAAGGAUGUGUUAUAGUAUUUUAUAGAGUAAUGGAGGAUUGUGACUUUAAUAUUA